GGCGCCGCGAGUCGAGGCGCCUCUGCCAAAGCCAGCUGUACCGGCGCCACUCCCAAGCAAAGUGCCCUGAAAGCUGAUAGUGGCAAGGUCAACGAAGAUGUUGACCCCUGCAAUGGCUUGAAGGCUGAUGCAAACGGUGGGGAAUGCGAUGCUGAAGGAAUGGAAGGUGAGGAAGACAAGGUUCCAGAGAUUUUGGCUGUUGGGGCAAUUAUCCCUCGGGAUCAGCAAUGGUAUUCGCCAAUUGGGCUCGAACCCGGAAACAGGAUCCUAAUUUGCGGUCGCUUUCGACGCGACAAUGUUGUGCCAAUCGUGGAUCUUUGGCACAACAUUGACGAACAAAGAGUGUUUUUCUACAGCGUUUGUUUCGACGAUUGUCGAGCUGUAAGUCGUCAC